AUGGUCGUCGUCCUGGAGAAAAUGAACAUGGUCGUGGCCGCCAGCAUUGGGCUGGUGGCUGAAUCCAUCAACCGCCACAAAGCACACCAAGCCCAACCUCAGAAUAGCGAUGAUGCCUCCCCAGAAGACGACCAGUGGGCGCUCGACGAGAUCCAGGACGACGUCUCUCGCCUGUCCGACAGCGACAACGACGACCAGGAUCAAGACCAGAAGAAGAAAAUCCGCAACCCAGCCCAUCUGGCCGACGACUUCAUCAAGCGCUAUCCUGCUCCUGCACCUACACCAGACACUGCAGGUACAGCAGGCAAACUCCCACUACCCGUCAUAAUCCCCCAGCGCCGACCCGGAGUGCGCGUGCGCGGCUUCGUUCGAGCCUACGCACCAGACCUCGAGCGCUGCGGAAUCGACCAGGGCACCUUUAUGGAUUUCCUGGUGACCUUCACGCGCGCCAGUCGAGCGCCGCAGUGGAUGGGCGCGUUUAACCUGACGGCUGCGGCGGCGUUUGCGUUACCCGGACAUGCGAUGGGCGCUGGGGUGGGAUUCGCUAUCCAGGUGGUUAAUGCGAUUGCGAUGGAGAUGAGGGGGCGAGUGCAGGCCAACGCCUUCCUCCAAAAGCUGAACGAGGGCUUCUUCCAGCCCCGCGGGCUGUACUGCCUCGUUCUCUCGUUCGAUAAUACGCACGAAGAGGCCAUGACUGAGGAGGUGCUUGCGGAGAAAAUCGCCACGAGCUCGGAUCCCAAGUCGGGUGUGCGCAAGUAUACGGACAAGCUGCGCACGAACAGCGGGAAAACGGGGCCCUCUGCGUUCCCCGAGUCGGCGCCGCUGGUGUUUCCCGUGCUGGACUGGAUGAAGGAGAAUCCUGAGCAGGCGGAGAAGCAGGGGAGGUAUCUGAAGUUCCGCAAGUUUGUGGCGGACUACUAUGACCGCCGUGCGCAGGUUGAAUACGCCGCCAGAAACCCAUCGAGUCCUUUGGCAGCGGCACCGCAGCGGGCAUUCACGUCCAAGUUUGCUGAUCCAAACGAUGCCACCAACAAGUCGCCCAUCUCGCUGGCCACAGGGGGUGCCGUGCCCUACAACGCCCAGUGGCGUGGGGAGCCUCGCAACCCACGUCGUCAGCGCAAGAUUGCUGAUAAAGUACUGUACAUGAUUAUCGUUAAUAUGCCGACAAACGACGACAUGAACCGCGCAGAGAGCAUCAUGGCCACAGAGUCCGAGGCUGAAUUGAUUCCUAACGAUAAUAAGACUGCAGCUGAUGCAGAGUGA